UCGGGGCUGCCCCGGGCUUUUGCAAGCGGCGCGGCGGGCCUGCGAGCCGGUGCAGCAGCCGCUUCGUCGACCUCCUUUCUCGUUGUCGGCGGCCGGCCGGGUCAGGGCGCGCGGGGGGCAGGCGGCGGCUGCCUCAGGCGGAGGCGGAGGUGCGGCGGAGGGUGGGGGCCGCUGCCUUCGCAGGAGCCCGGGCCGGCCCGCGCCUUUGCAUCGUGCUCCAUGCAUCCGGAGCCCGCCCCGCCCCCGAACAGCAACAGCCCCGAGCUUCCCCUCACCGGCGGCAGCACCACCAGCGGCAGCCGCCGGAGCCGCCGCCGCAGCGGGGACGGAGAGCCCCCGGGGUCGCCGCCACCGCCAGCCGCCGUUACCUACCCGGACUGGAUCGGUCAGAGUUACUCCGAGGUGAUGAGCCUCAACGAGCACUCGAUGCAGGCGCUGUCCUGGCGCAAGCUCUACUUGAGCCGCGCCAAGCUCAAAGCCUCCAGCCGGACCUCUGCUCUGCUCUCCGGCUUCGCCAUGGUGGCGAUGGUGGAGGUACAGCUGGACGCCGACCAUGACUACCCACCGGGGCUGCUCAUCGCCUUCAGCGCCUGCACCACAGUGCUAGUGGCCGUGCACCUGUUUGCGCUCAUGAUCAGCACCUGCAUCCUGCCCAACAUCGAGGCGGUGAGCAACGUGCACAACCUCAACUCAGUCAAGGAGUCGCCCCAUGAGCGCAUGCACCGCCACAUCGAGCUAGCCUGGGCCUUCUCCACCGUCAUCGGCACGUUGCUCUUCCUGGCCGAGGUUGUGCUGCUCUGCUGGGUCAAGUUCUUGCCCCUCAAGAAGCAGCCGGGGCAGCCCCGGCCCACCAGCAAGCCCACGGCUGGCGGUGCGGUGGCCAGCGUCAAUGGCAGCACAGGUGGCAUCACCCCCGGCCAGGCUGCCGCCAUCGCCUCCACUACCAUCAUGGUCCCCUUUGGCCUGGUCUUCAUUGUCUUUGCUGUCCACUUCUACCGCUCACUGGUCAGCCAUAAGACGGACCGACAGUUCCAGGAGCUCAACGAGCUGGCCGAGUUUGCCCGCCUGCAGGACCAGCUGGACCACAGAGGGGAUCACCCCCUGACACCCGCCAGCCACUACGCGUGAGCCCUCCUGGGCUCGGGCACGUCAGAUCUCUGGCCUCGCGCCGCUCCCCACGACCUCGCCCUGCGCCGGCCUCAAGGACAGCCAGCUCAGAGGAUCGGGCUUUUGUAAGGGGGCGGAGAGUGGAGGAAGAGGCUUUUUUUCUUUUUCUUUUAAGAGAAACGACUGCACUUUGAAACUUUCCUCGGAGAGAAUGAGCACUUCCUCUUCUUCCAGCUUCGGGGUCACCUCCUGGUAGGAGGCCACCAGUGGGAGCCAGAGUGGGGACAAACGCUCCCUUUGUCCCUCCUCCUCCCUGUGUCCGUGCCACUUGGAUGCUUCUUGUCUUUUCUGUCUUGACCUCCCUCCCCGUUCAGUGUCGUGUGUGUGUGUGUGUGCGCGCGCGCGCGUGUGCGCAUGCACACGUGUGCACAUGCACAUAAAUAUACUCAUAAGGGAUACCUCUUGUGUGUGUAUUUGUUGGGUCUGGACUGCCUGGUAUUAUUUCUCCUGGUGCCCCAAUCAGGUGAGCCUCUAAGCAAAAAAAAAUUUUUAACAUUUGAUUUUGAAAAUUUUCAAACCUACAAAAAAGUUGCACGAAUAGUAACUGAAAUACAUAGACAGUCUAUUCUUGUCAUUCACAGUGGUUGUGUUCUAGGAAUUAGUGGAUAUCGAACCACUGCUCCUGUGGGGUUAGGUUCCUAUGAGCCUUUGGUCAUGAUAUUCUGCCAGGCAUUCAGUAGGUAACCUUGUUUUAUGUGUUUCUGUCUGUUUCUGUUUUGUUUUAAUUUUUAAGUAAUCUCCGCACACAGCGUGGGGCUCAGACUCACAACCCCGAGAUCAAGAGUUGUGUGCUCUACCAACUGAGCCAGUCAGGCACCCCAUGUGCGUUUCUAUUUAAAGAUGCCUUAUUUAAUACACAUUGUUGAUUCAUGAGCAAUGAACUCACUUGUGGCUAACAGCACAAUAACCUGUACCUACAUGAAGCUUUUCCAAGAGGCAUUUUCUCUGUAAGGCACAUCACUGCCUUCUUUUUAAAGAUUUUAUUUUUUUAAAAGUAAUCUCUACACCCAACAUGGGGCUUGAACUCACAACCCUGAGACUAAG